UGAGCAAAAUGAGUCGGCGAUUGACUGCGGUAGGGACGGUUGUGCCGCGACGCAAUACUGUGACUCGAUUAGUAUCGGAAAACUCAGAUGCGUAAUACAUAAAUAUCCUACAGUGAAAAUUGUGAAGUGCAAAUAUGAGUACGAAUAUAAAGGAAAUGAAACCGAGACCGUUCAGUCUAAAAGUACGGAUUCUUAGUGCGCUGAGGUUCAUUUUGGACGCAUUGACAUGUGUUUUAUUCAAACUGUAUUACGGGACAAAAGGGAGGAAGUUGCCGCUGAUACACGACGAUAUACUCAAACAACCGGCCGUUGAAGUUGCAAGAAAAAUAAGGGCGAGAGAGAUAUCCAGUGUAGAUGUUUUAAAUACCUGCAUACAAAGGAUAAAGGAAACCAAUCCAGUUACCAAUUAUUUUAUCGACAAUCGUUUUGAAUUGGCACUAAAGGAAGCGAAGGACGCCGAUGAUCUCAUUAAAAGCGGUUCUUUGUCGAUAGAAUAUUUAGAAAAAGAGAAGCCAUUCUUAGGCGUCCCCUUUACUACUAAGGACAGCAUUGGUGUAAAAGGACUUCAUAUGACCGCUGGUAUAACUUUGAGGAAAAAUUGCAUAGCUGAUAAAAACGCUGACGUAAUAGAACUAUUAAAAAAUAGUGGCGCCAUAAUUAUGGGAGUUACGAAUGUUCCAGAAAUGUGCAUGUGGUAUGAAUCCUAUAACUGUAUAUACGGCAGAACACUUAAUCCAUAUAAUACAACUCGUAUAGUGGGAGGAUCAUCUGGUGGUGAAGGUGUCAUUCAAACAGUAGGAGGCAGCAUAUUUGGAAUCGGGUCCGAUAUAGGUGGUUCUAUUCGUAUGCCUGCUUACUUUAAUGGAAUAUUUGGCCACAAGCCUACUAGAAGAGCAGUAUCUAAUAAAGGACAAUAUCCUGAACUCAAGAACGAUGAUGUAAAUUUGUAUUUAUGCGUUGGACCUAUGACAAGAUUUGCUGUUGACCUAAAACACAUUCAAAAAGUCAUAUCAGGAGACUGCGCAAAAACCCUUGACCUGGAUAAACCCGUAGACAUUGGAAAACUCAAAGUAUUUUAUCAGUUUAGUAAUGGUGCACCCUUGAUGAGUGAGGUUGAUCCGGAAAUAAAGCAAGCAAUGGUUAAAGUUGUUGAACAUUUCCAACUGAAACAUAAAAUAAUUGCAGAAGAAAAGAAAAUAGAAUGGCUGAAAAGAUCUCAAGCGAUAUGGUUCACAACAAUGAAGAACGAAGUGCCUUUCGCUGCGUAUAUAAUGAAAAAUCCCAGUUUAGCCUCAAACAUUACAGAGAUAUUCAAAAAUAUCCUUGGCUUAUCAGGAAAUACUUUGAUUGGUCUCUUCGUUGCUUUAACUGAUCAAGAAAAGUUUAAUCCAGAGAGCAAAAAGUACAAAUACUUUAUGGAGGCUCGAGAUUAUUUAGAAGAAGAGUUUAAGACGAUGCUUGGUGAAGAUGGAAUAUUCCUCUUUCCUACACAUCCUGUACCAGCGCCCUAUCAUAACCAGCCUCUGAUAAGGCCAAUGAAUUUUAUGUAUACUGCGAUUAUAAAUAGCCUGGGUUUGCCAGCAACUACUGUACCUUUGGGUUUGAACAGCGAUGGUCUGCCUAUCGGAAUCCAGGUAGUAGCGAAUCUCAAUAAAGACAGAUUAUGUUUCGCAGUUGCAGAAGAAUUAGAGAAGGCAUUUGGAGGUUGGUUUGAGCCACAAAGUAUCAAACAGAGUUAAAAUUAUAUGUGAAACUUUUAGGUCUGGGUGGCUAACCUUUUUACAUGUUUUUUUUGCAUUUCAUAGCUAAUUUAUUUGCACUUAA